UGGUCGAACAAGCAAAGACUUCUCUUUACAAGUACAAGUAUAUAUCCCAAGGACUUCAAAAUGAAUCGACUGAUAAUAUUGGUGUUCGCAGCAGUACUCUUCACUGUGGCUACUGCAGAUCGUUAUUUUGACGAUUACAACCAAGAAUACGACGACUUGUCAGGAGAUGAGAGCAUGGCAAAGAGGGGUGUCUCAUGCCUGUGUACAAGUGACGGCCCAAACACAAGAGGCAAUACGUUGUCCGGCACAGUCUGGAUGAAAGCACCUGGCUAUUCAAACAACGGGUGCCCGACAGGCUGGAAAUUUUGCGGGAAGUCACGUGGUUUCUUCAGCGAUUGCUGCAAGCAGUAGUAAUGAAUUUGU